UGGAUGCGCAUGGUUGUUUCGUCCCGCAUUGAUAUUGGGCAGGGGAGUCGCCGGAGCUGUAGAUUACCAAAGUGUACCAACGUCAGGACAUUCACCUGUAGUUUCAGGAACUACUCUGCUCCGCGCGUAGACCAGCAUCAUGUCCUCUCCAAGCAUCAUUCCAGACAGACCCCGUACCUUUUCUGCUAUACCAGGUCCUGUUGAUCUCUUGCCAGGCGCAGAUGACCCUACCGAACUCAAGAAGAAACAUCUUCGUAUGCUGUUGGAAGAGUAUUUUCAGACCAUCGAUGUCGAACACAGGAACGCGCAAAAAAAGAAGCCAGAAGUUGACCAGGAACUUGCUAAGAGCAUAACAGGCCAUGAAGCCUUUUCGAGCCAGCAUAAAAGGAAGCUUCAGGAGGCCAGGAAUGGCUCAAGAAUGAGCAGAUUCGAUUUCCUAGAAGAAUUCAGGCAGAAGAUUGAAGCUUAUAAGAUCAUAAUUCAAGAGGAGGAAGAAGACUGAAAGAGUUUGCCAGUAUAUGUAGAGUAUGCAAGGGCUCGUUCAAAGACGUACGUGGAGGGGCUGGAUGGGUUUGAAUUGAGUAUUGGGGACGUGAUCAAUGCGAUGAG